AUGUUAGGUUGUAAUCCCUGGUUAUGUACAGCUGUACGGGCUGUUAGCAACAACAUCGAGAAGCUAUUCGGAAUCCCAUACAAGGAUAUGCUGGGAACCCAGCGCUUGGAUUCAGCCGUAGCUAUGAGCGACCUUUCGCUCGCGAACCCCGUUACUGUAACAGCUCUUGGCUUAGAUCCCUCUGGGAAGAAAUUUGGAAACAUUACUGUAAACCUCAUUCUUCAUAGAUCUUCUUCUGGUCUCCUUGUGGAUAUCGAGGAAUUUGAUUUGACAGAAAAUUCCUUUGCUGCUCAUCAGAGAGUACGAGUUGCCAUUGAGAAAUUGAACGCAUCCACGAACCUGACUGCUAUGUGUCAGCAAGUUGUCGAAGAAGUAUUCAAUACCACGGGAUAUAAUAGAGUCAUGGUUUACAAGUUUCAUGAAGACAUGCAUGGAGAGGUCAUUGCAGAGUGUAAAGCUGCAGAUGUUUCAGAGUCGUGGCUUGGUUACACCGUGUUGUGGCCCUAUGGAUUAUUGAAAUGCAAUGAUCAGUUACGGGAUGAACAUGUACGUCUCAUUGUGGACAGCCAGGCUGUGCAUGCGAAGCUUGUCACGGACAAUCUAAUUGCAAAGGCUGAAUCCAUCAACCUGAACGGUGGUCAAAGAUCAGCUCUGGGGACUCAUAGUUUGUCAUCACUCGGAGGCCUUGGCGAUGAGAAUAUCCAGCACUCAUUACAUCUACAUGCAAAGCUCUGCGAUCUCAUGUAUCAGCAAGGUCACAAUCCUGGGCUCAGAUUAAAAGGAUUAGUGACAUCGUCGCCCAACCUAACUGAUUUGUUGGAGGGCGUCAGUAGCGCUGCAAUACAAUAUGCUGGGAAAAUCAGUGUAUGUGGAGAUGCCCCUGAACAGGAGGACCUAAAGAAAAUUUGCUCUCUAAUUCGUACCACCUAUGAAAAAGCUUUGGAAAAAGAAGGAAUCGUUGUGAUCAAUAGCAUGGCAAUUGUUGAUCAAAGUCUUCAACGAUUGUGCCCAAAGUCAGCAGGAUUGUUGGCUAUUCCAGUAACGAGCGAUGGACUGAUCAUACUUUUCCGCCCCGAGGUUGCUUCUUUUGUUUUCGUAUGUCACAAUGACAUUUACUUCACCAAGUUGUCUACAACGAUCAGAUGGGGUGGUGAUCCGAAUGCGCCGGCUCGAAUCAAUCGUGAUACGAUGGGUGGAAGCACCAUGCACCCUCGUGGUUCUUUUGAGAUAUAUUCAGAUUCGAUCAAGCAUCGAUGUAAUCCAUGGCUGAAGUGGGAAAUUGAUAAUGCACUCGGUAUAUCUGAGCACCUUGUGGAUCAAAGACUUGGACUGCUGGUCAAUGACAUCAUCAAAUCUGUGGAUACCGAUGAGGUUUGUAAGGUCCGAUCGAAUGUCCUAGUACGUCUCAACUCGGAGCGGAUGCAGACGCAGCAUGACAAAGAAGCCGUUGUGUCAGAAAUGAGUUACCUCAUCGAUUCAGUCAAAGCGCCUGUUCUUGGCAUGGACAACCGAAUGCAUAUUGUUCAGGUUCUUGGCAAAUCGCUCUACGGAUUUGUUCCAGAGUCACACAGGGAUUCUCUUUCUAAGGCAAUGGAGAGGGCCAUGAAGGGUGAAGAAGUAGAAGCGUUCGACCUCUCCAUCGUCAAGGCUAACGCGCUUCACGCCUACGGGGAAUUGUUCUGGAUUGGUUUGCUUGGGUCAGGAUAUCACAGCCACCAAUGCGGGUAUGAUGUUACAUGCUUGUGCGUAUUGGACUCGCUAAGGCACGUGAUUGCAGCAAGGGGUCGUCAAGCAGAACUCGAGCAACAGAUGGAUGCGGUCCUGCACAUGACAGCAGCAACAGAAUCGUCUCAAGGAAAAGAUCCACCGGAGAGUAACUUUGCGUUCGAACCUGACAAGGAGUCGGCGUUGCUGGGGGAAGGAAGUUUUGGUAAAACUUAUCGCAUGAGAGGCACUAUGGAUGGACAGAUAUACGCUGUCAAGAUGGAGAAUGUGAAAAAGGCAGAAAAGAAUGGAGUGCAGCAUAUUAUUCGUUACUAUACGUGUUAUAUGUUCAAGAAAGCCAAGUACUUCUGUAUUGUCAUGGAGAUUGCCGAGGGUGGAACUCUCGGCGACCUCAUUGAAGAUACGCGCGGGACUGUCUCUCGCAUCGGAGAUGAACGAAUUCGAAGCUUGAGUAGUCAGCUCGCCAAGGCGUUGGCUCACAUACACUCUCGCCGCAUGUUGCAUCGAGACAUCAAACCUCACAACAUCCUCUUGACACAAGAUGGCUCCGAAGCCAAAAUUACUGACUUUGGUCUUGCGUGUGUUAUUUCGUCUGCUGCCGCUGCAUCAUCAAGAGCAGGAACUCUAACCUACGCGUCUCCUGAGAAGGCUGGGGCGAAGGGUUAUGAUUCCAAGGACGACAUGUGGGCCCUGGGAUGUAUCAUGUCAGAGUUGAUCACUGGCGUUCCGAUUUCUGCCCGGUGCGGAGGAGGAGUCUUCGCCUUCAAUUCCUCCCUCGUUCAAAAGACGGUCGACGAAUCGAUCGAGGCCUCUCCAACCCUAGGUCGAGUGGUCGAGCAGGUAGAAAUUCUGGCAUUUCCCCGGGGUCAGCGAGCCUUGCAUGAUAUUGACUCCAUGCUAGCUAUCCUCGAACCACAUCCAGCAAGCGGCGCGAUGCAGGACGAGGCUGAAGAAUUGUGUGAGGAGUACAUUUGCGCUAUCUGCCAAGGACUGGUUCUGGAUGCACACACUGUCUGCGCUGAUGAGCACGUGUUCUGUGGGUCUUGCCUCACGAAAUGGCUUGAAAACAAGAAUGAUUGCCCCACUUGUCGAAAGCCCGCAACUCACCCUCAUCGCCUGCGCAUUAUCAAUAAUGCGGUCGAGAAGCUGGCAGCGCGUGUGCUGGAUGCUGUAAGUUGGAACGCUCGGCGGUGGCAGAUUGAAGCCAACAGGAUCGCCGAGAGGGAGCAUGAGCGGACCGAGUCUGAUCGCGAUGCUGGACAUGGCGCAAUAGGUCAAGACGUUUGCACCGCAUGGAAGUACAUGCAGGGACAAGCUCAAUUCGGAGCCGGCUGCACUCUCUUCAGGCAUGCGGCGAGCGGGUUGAUCGUGGAGGUCUUCCAUGGGAACGGCUGGUAUCGCUUCAGGAGUAGAGCAGGAGGAGAGACGAGAUGGUGCAACAGCUGCGGAAACCUUGGAGACUCGGACUUCGGGGCUCAAGACGCGGUGGCUCAGCUGGAGAGGGAUGGAGGAGAACAUGUCCCGCCCGCGGGCCUCGGGCCCCUCGACGAGACAGGAUACUGGGAGUCUUCGAUACAGAACGGCAAGAUCGUGCUGGUCAACUCCGACGAGGAGGAACUUUACCUGGACUCGAGCGGAACUCUGGUCUGGCUAUCUCAUCCGGGCAUGAACAAGGCCAUCAUUGUUCGAGAAGGAACGGCGUCAUCUGUUCAACGGUCAGAGGGAGAAGCCUUGACCUCCUAGAUUCAUCUGCGUGUACAUGAGUUUGAAAUCAAUAGC